GUCGGACUAGGGGUUUGGCUUGUUGGGCGCGCGCUGGGAGUGUGAAGAAAACUAUUUGAAAGAAAAAAUGGCGGAAAAACAUUCGGAAGCUGGGCAAGAAAGUUGCCAAAGUGUCGCCACUGCCGAUUCCCAGAAAGAGGUGAACUCUGUGAAAGAAUCGUCUAAAAGAUGCCCCUCCACAAGCCCCACCACAGCUCCCCCAAACAAAUCUCCUCGUAACGACUUCACAUCAGACAACACAGAGAUGCCAGAUCCAGGGGAAGGACAGUCGGAGACUGACAAACUAGAAAUGCAGACCGAAAACACGGAGGGACCUUCAAGUCCUACUGCCAACCCCACUUCACGGAGGAAAUCCUGGAGGAGAGCCACCAUAACCCGACGCUCUCUCCCUGCCCUUCCCAACCCAUAUGAGGUUUUGUGCAGGGGCAUAAGUGCAUCCUUGUCACAGCAAGAGAGGCUCGAGAAAUUGAUGGAGGCUUCAAUGAGGCUGGCAAUAGAAAGAACUCAAAAUUCACUGCAGUCUUUGCCGAAUACCUCACUGGAGUUUUUUCAAAAACAAGUUGAGCACAUACAGAAAGAGUGGGGCUGUUUGGCCAAAAGCAUACGCAAUGAAGAAGUGAGUCGUCAACUCCCUUCCCAAGCCGCCAGUUCGAGCGAUCCUGCACUGCAGAGAGCCAUGGAAAAGGUCCAGAAAGCCAUCAAUAGGCUCCAGACUGAAAGUGAAUCUUGGGAGGCACUGUUAAACAAACACCGGAGUAAAGCAGAGGAACUGGAAAGGAAAGUGGAGCAAGGAAAGGAAGAAGGCAUAUCAUUAGAUUCUACAUGUGUGGCCCAGUCCUCACAGUACCAUUUCAUACAGAGUAAACCAGACUACCGCGGUCUCCUCUCCAGACAACAGCCCAUGCUUCACACUAUGGCAAUCAUUAUGGACACUCAAAGUAAGAUGGUUGAAGAGCUUCUGUCCAUCAAGGAGCAAUCUCAGUUAUUGGUGAAAGAGACCAGUGGUCGACUGGCUGCAGAGGCAGGAUUCCAGGAGCUUUCACCUGACCUCAUCAGGAACCUCAUGGCAGCACCUUUAUCCUCUGCAACUACAUAGACACUCUGGCAGGAGGCAAGAACAGGCAAUCAAUCAUCCAAUGGACCGUGACUCUUUGUCACUUGUAUAUCUAGCUCAUAUAUUUGUAAUUUCUGGUAAUUUGACUUUUAUGUGAUAAGGCAACAUCAUUUAUUUGCUCUCUCUUUGUUGUCUCAUCUUUUUAGAUACAGUUAGCUCAAAUUACGUUUUACGAGUCAAAUAAAACCUCUUCUGUCAGCAUCGG